AUGGCUUGUCAAACAAAUGCCUUCAUUGCCGUACCUGGUAUUUGUUGUUCGCCCUUUAAGACAGGCGGUUAUGGCACAGUGAAGGAGCUACUAGAGAUGAUGACAUGGUCACAACUUGGAAAUCAGGAUAAGCCGUUAACUACAAAUCCCAUGGUCUUUAAUGCUGGUCCUAGGAGAUGGCAAGUUGUGUUUAUGGAAGCAUUUCAAAUUAAGACAUUCAGGACCCGCCAACGGACAAUUCAGUUUCAUUUGGUUACAGACAUUCUUUUUUGUGAUUGUCCCUUUCUGUCAAAUGUUUGCGUGCAUGCUGAUGUUUCUUUCCAUCUUAUUUGUUCAAUAUUUUUUUUUGUUUUUUGUUUUGUUUUGUUUUCAUGUUACAUUUUUGUUUUAGAGGAAGAGACAGAGCACAGAGGAAGAGGCAGAGCUUUCAAGGGCAAAAUCUUCUUCCAGGUAGAGAGAAAACUUUACUUGGUGUAUGGUGGAGGAAGUGUUGGAGUAAUGGGCUUGAUUUCUCAAGUUAAUGGGCUUGAUUUCUCAAGUUGUAUAUUUGUAGAUGCAGUUGCAUCCAUGCAUGAAAGGGAGGCUGAAAUGGCUCAUCAAACAGAUCCGUUCAUUGCCCUACCUGGUGGUUAUGGCACAAUGGAGGAGCUACUGGAGAUGAUCACAUGGUCGCAACUUGGAAUUCAGGAUAAGCCGACGAAGAGACAGAGCAGAGGAAGAGGCAGAGCAAUGAGGGGCAAAAUCUUCUUCCAGGUGUGGUUGAACAGUUCACUUACCUCAUAGGGCAUACAGCUGCAAUGCCUUAUUGUGCUUUUGGUAGAGAUAAAAUUUGACCUGGUGUAUGGUGGAGAAAGUGUUGGAGUAAUGGGCUUGAUUUCUCAAGUUGUUCAUGAUGGUGGCUGCCAUCUUCUUAGAUAUUUGUAGAUGCUGUUGGUGAAGUAAUGGCAGUUGCAUCCAUGCAUUAAAGGAAGGCCGAAAUGGCUCGUCAAACAAAUGCCUUCAUUGGCGUACCUCGUAUUUGUUGUGAAGGAGCUACUGGAGAUGAUGACAUGGUCACAACUUGGAAUUCAGGAUAAGCCGGUUUAUGGAAGCAUUUCAAGUUAAGACAUUCAGGACCCGCCAACGGACAAUUCAGUUUCAUUUGGUUACAGACAUUCUUUUUUGUGAUUGUCCCUUUCUGUCAAAUGUUUGGUUCUUUCUCUCUGUCUGUUCAGUUUUUUUUUUUCAUUUUGUUACAUUCUUUUUUGUGAUUGUCCCUUUCUGUCAAAUGUUUGGUUCUUUCUCUCUCUCUCUGUUUAGUUUUUUUUCAAGUGUUUGUUUUGUUUUGGUUGUGUACAGCGUGCAUGCUGAUGUUUCUUUCCAUCUUAUUUGUUGAAUAUUUUUUUUUGUUUUUUGUUUUGUUUUCGUGUUACAUUUUUGUUUUAGAGGAAGAGACAGAGCACAGAGGAAGAGGCAGAGCUUUCAAGGGCAAAAUCUUCUUCCAGGUGUGGAUCUAUAGUUCACUGACCUCAUAGGGCAUACAGUUGCAAUGCCCUAUUGGGCUUUUGGUAGAGAGAAAACGGGACAUGGUGUAUGGUGGAAGAAGUGUUGGAGUAAUUGGAGUAAUGGGCUUGAUUUCUCACGUUGUUCAUGAUGGUGGCUGCCAACGCUCUCAUUAUUAUUCCAUUGGCUCCACUGCUUCACAAGAUACCAUUACAAGAUACCAUUACUUCUACUCUGCAAUGCAGAGUAAUGACUGUUCUUGUGCUUUGGGUCUCAUUUUGUUGCCAUCUGUAUAGAAAGUUGCUGUCUGAUAUUUGGUAGUUUGAAGUUACUCAUAUUUGUAAGAUAUUUGUAGAUGCAGUUGCAUCCAUGCUUGAAAGGAAGGCUGGAAUGGGUCGUCAAACAGAUGCAGUUGAAUUAGAAUUUCUCCUUAUUUUGGGAAAAAACAUAGAAAGGUCGAGUAGCUAACUUCAGAAAGUUGCAAUUUGCAUCAUUAUUAGAUGAUACUUUAAACGAUUUAGCUCGCCCUUUAUAAGACAUGCAGUUAUUGCACAAUGGAGGAGCUACUGUAGAUGAUCACAUGGUCACAACUUGGAAUUCAGGAUAAGCCAGUAUUUUAUUUAACAGAACUACAAGACCAUCUUUGUAGAUGACAAGAAAUUUAUGGUACAAUUGAAUUUUUGUUUAUGCUGGUCCAAGGAGAUGGCAAGUUGUGUAAGCCAGCAAUAGUUGAUUUUAAAAUUGAAAUUUGAUUUAGUUUUUUUUAUUACAUUUAUUUAGUAUUUUUAAGCACAAAUGAUGUACCUAGGAUCUGAUUUCAAAUUUGUAGUAUGCCAAGAUAUUUAUGUGUUUUUUUUGGAUAUCUCACAAAUUAUGCUUAUUUGGAGCCAGGUUUAUGAAAGCAUUGGAAAUUAAGACAUUCGGGACCGACCAACUGACAAUUCAGUUUCAUCAGACAUUGUUUUUUGUGAUUGCCCCUUUCUGUCAAAUGUUUUUUUUUUCUCUGUCUGUUCAUUUUUUUUCAUUUGGUUACAUUCUUUUUUCCGAUUGCAUCUUUCUGUCAAAUGUUUGGUUCUUUCUCUCUGUCUGUUCAGUUUUUUUCCAUUUGGUUACAUUCUUUUUUGUGAUUGUCCCUUUCUGUCAAAUAUUUUUUUUCAAGUGUUUGUUUUGUUUUUGUUGUGUAAAGCGUGCACGCUGAUUUUUCUCUGCAUCUGAUUUGUUCAAUAUUUUUUUGUUGUUUUUAUUUUUUUUAUUUUUGUGGUUGAGGAAGAGACAGAGCAGAGGAAGAGGCAGACCAACCAAUGGCAAAAUCUUCUUCCAGGACCCGGGCGAGAGUUUUAUAUAACCAGUGCAAAGAAGAAGAGAUGGGAAGUUCCUUAAGAUCACUAGUACCUCCCAUAGAAAGGAAGCCAUAUUUCCAGAAUAGCUAAUCCAGUGUUUGAAUUCUGUGUUCUUAGGCAAUGGGUUAAUCUUCUCUUGCACAACUAAUCCAUUGUGCAAGAGAAGAUUUGCUAUCAACUCCUCAGUGACAGCCUUCCCACAUCAACUUCACUGUAUGGUUACAACUCACAUUGUUGCCUUUUCAUUUAAACACAGAUUUGUAAGGCUCUUGACCUUUUUACAUGGAUUUGUGAAACAGAGGUUUGGCUCAUAGAGUUCUAUUGAUGAAAUAUGGUAAUGAUGUUUUUAUUCUGGCAGUAAGCUGGCAUACAAGGUUAUUGGGGGUUUGUUGGACUUUGCAGGUUUAUCUCCAUCAGAUGUGGUCCAACAAUUCACUGACCGCAUAGGACAUAAAACGAAAAUGUCCUAUUGAGCUUUUGGCAAUGGGUUAAUCUUUUCUUGCACGGCUAAUCCAAUUGGAUUUGCUAUCAACUCCUCAGUGACCUUCCCACAUCAAUUUCACUGUAUGGUUACAAUCAGCUCCUCAUAAUUGCUUUUAGAGCUUUUAGCAAUUUGUAAUUUUUAUCAAUGAAUCACAACAAAUCAAUGUAAAGUAGUUGUUAUAAUCAUCACAUUUAAUUGCAAAUUAAUGCAUGUGCUGUGUUGUGUUGUUUAGUGUGGUGUGGUGUUGUUCUGUAUGGUGUUCUGUUCUCUUGUGCU